ACCUGCUCUGCGAAGCCUUCUCUCCCUAUUAUUGGGAAUCCGUUUCCAGUGCUGCCAUGGAAAUUCUUACAGACCUGGGACAACAUAGCCUUGUGAGUGCUUUUGUACUUGCCUCCAAGAACAAUAACACGCAUAGAGCCGGAGUAACUCGAAGCUUAUAAAUGUCGUAAGUCCCAUUUGGUUAGAGCUGGAAAAAAACGUCUUUUCUCACGGUCACAAGAGGAUUGGAAUCCAUUUCCGAAGGUCGUAAAACACCCCCUCGCGAAAAACGGAGGAGAGCUCUAAAAGCAGAAUCCCUUGCCGUGUUAUUGCUUUCACAAUGCCGUGACUCGGAUUCGAACCGAGGUUGCUGCGGCCACAACGCAGAGUACUAACCACUAUACGAUCACGGCGAGCUACCGGGGAUUCCAUGGCCAGAGCAAGUCGAAAUUAUACAAUGGCAAAAGAUAAAAGAAGUACGUUUUGGAUUUGGCUCUCGGGUUCCUCACUGCAGCUGUAUCACAAGGAGGGAAUCAGGAAAAGGAAGAGGAAAGAGAGGGUGAGAGAAGAGAGAGAUGUGCUCACUGGCAUCACUGCACCUGGACCGAAUGCCAAAUGUCAGGAUCUGUGCCUAUCAUUAUGCCUAUGCCUGCCCCCAGAACUGGAAGUCAUCGAAGCUUAUGCAGCCUACUUCCUGGCAGCCUGCAUCUUGAAUUUCCAGAGAGCACUGGCCUUAUUUGUCCUCACUUGUUUGGUGCUCUUGGUCCUGGUUCACCGCUUUCUGAAACCGUUCUUGGGUAAAAAAUUAAUAAGAUGUUUGAAGCCAUUUGAAAACUCCUGUCUGAAGUGUUGGAUGAAAUGGGUGUUUGCUGGAGUCUGCCUGGUUGGCCUUAUCCUGUGGCUGGCACUAGACACAGCCCAAAGGCCAGAGCAACUGACAUCCUUGGCAGGAAUCUUCCUGAUUAUCCUCAUCCUCUUUGCUUGCUCCAAACACCACAGUGCAGUGUCCUGGAGGACAGUGCUUUGGGGCCUGGGUCUUCAGUUUGUCUUAGGGAUCUUGGUCAUCAGAACUGAUCCUGGAUUUAAUGCAUUUCAAUGGCUGGGAGAUCAGAUUCAGAUUUUCCUGAACUACACUGUGGCUGGCUCCAGUUUUGUCUUUGGGGAUAUGCUGGUCAAGGAUGUCUUUGCUUUUCAGAGCUUAACGAUCAUCAUUUUUUUUGGAUGUGUGAUGUCCAUUCUCUACUACCUGGGCCUUGUGCAGUGGGUAGUUCAGAAGAUUGCCUGGUUUUUGCAAAUCACCAUGGGCACCACUGCCACAGAGACGCUGGCUGUGGCAGGAAACAUCUUUGUGGGUAUGACAGAGGCACCUCUGCUCAUCCGUCCGUAUCUUGCAGACAUGACACUUUCCGAAAUCCAUGCAGUGAUGACUGGAGGGUUUGCCACCAUCUCAGGCACUGUGUUGGGAUCCUUCAUAUCCUUUGGGAUUGAAGCAUCAUCCUUGAUUUCUGCAUCUGUGAUGGCUGCCCCUUCUGCUCUUGCCUUGUCAAAGUUGGUAUAUCCAGAAGUGGAGGAAUCCAAGUUCAAGAAAAAGGAGGGUGUAAAAUUAUCCCGUGGGAAAGAGAAUAAUAUCCUAGAGGCGGCCAGCAAUGGAGCCACAGAUGCCAUAAGCCUUGCUGCUAAUGUAGCAGCCAACCUGAUUGCCUUUUUGGCGGUGUUGGCUUUCAUCAAUGCCACCCUCUCCUGGCUAGGGGAGUUGGUAGACAUACAAGGGCUCACUUUUCAGGUGAUUUGCUCCUACAUCCUGAGGCCCAUGGUUUUCAUGAUGGGUGUAGAGUGGGCAGAUUGUCCAAUGGUGGCUGAGAUGGUGGGGAUCAAGUUCUUCACAAAUGAGUUUGUGGCCUACCAGCAACUAUCUCAAUACAAGAACAAACGUCUCUCUGGAGUGGAAGAGUGGAUCGGAGGCAAGAAACAGUGGAUUUCUGUGAGAGCUGAAAUCAUUACAACAUUUUCACUCUGUGGAUUUGCCAAUCUUAGUUCCAUAGGAAUCACACUGGGAGGCUUGACAUCAAUGGUACCCCACCGGAAGAGUGACUUGUCCAAGGUUGUAGUCAGUGCCCUCUUUACAGGAGCCUGUGUAUCCCUUAUCAGUGCCUGUGUGGCAGGAAUCCUCUAUGUUCCCAGAGGAGCUGAAACUGACUGUGUCUCCUUCCUAAACACAAGUUUCACCAAUCGCACCUACGAGACCUAUGUGUGCUGCAGACAGCUCUUUCAGAGUACUUCUCUGAAUGGCACCAAUGCUUCUUUUUCUGGUCCAUGGGAAAACAAAGAGUUCAGUGCCAUGGCCCUUGCUAACUGCUGUGACUUCUACGCCAAUGCUGUGUGUGCCUAAGGCCGGCCCGUUUUCAUGAGUCUUGAUCUUGACAGAUUUUUGAUGGUAAAGGUAUUUAUGUAUUCAAGGAUUUCCACUCUAUAAGUAAUUCACCAUGAUCUUUAACAAUAAAUGUAAAAAUUUCAUUUUGGUUCAUUGUAUGCCAAUGAUAAAAGUCAGCAUUGGUCUUUCCAUUAUUUGGCUAAGCCAAAUAAGAAAUUCUUUAUGGGCUCUGUUGGAGUUUAUAUGUGAAAUAAUAAAUGUUACCACACCAAAAAAAUCUUGCAAAUCUUGCUUCUAGUUGCCAUCUU